AUGCCUUUAGAGAAUUAUUUCAAAACUUUAAUUGCAUCAUAUUAUUCAGGCGUGUGGGGUAGACUUACGCACUUCAAAGAAAUAGUUAAUGAAAUUAGGGCUAUUAUUAAUGUCAAAAGAACACAUGAGUUAGUAUUAAGGAAUUACGAAAUUAAAAGAACUUUGAACAGACUUUUAAAGAAGCAAAUGGAAGAUUUACAGAAGGCCUCGAGGAUGGGAGCUCAAUGUGACAACCAUGGAAUUAAUGGAAACCGACCAAAUCAUAACGACCUGAACAACAACAAAACGCAAUCAACAACUACAAGCGACUCCACAAAGACAAAGAGUUAUUUAGCAGAAUAUUUAGCAGGGUUAUCAUUGGAAGCUAUGGUUGGAAAGAUGGAAACAGUUGAUCUUAAAAUUCCCAGUAAACUUGUCCACCCUGCUGGACACAAUAAAAACGGUUUAAUGAAGAAGAUAUCACAUAUUACUAAAGCUGACAUCAUGGAGAAAUUCUCGGAAUUGAAGGAAAUUCUUGGUGAAAGUAGGAUAGUGGAAAAACCUAAAACUACCAUACAAUGGGCGGAUGAGAGAGGAUACAGAUUAGCUACCGUUCAGACAAUAAGACCACGGUUAGUGUUUGCCGACGAAUUAAUGGCUACCAGCAUUGUUCCAAAAUCCAUUUUGAAGAAACACUAG